ACGCAAGCCGGUCGGCCGAUAAACACCAGCGAGAAUAAGGAAACUCGGGAUACGUGCAGGGAUUAUAAAUAAUUCAUAAUUUCUAUGGAUAUGGCAAGGCCCGAAAUGAGGAGCGAUAACAAAGAAAAGAAAGUGCGUAACGCGACGAACAAUACUCUGUUUAAGAGAUAAACCUAGACGAUCGGACCUGAUACGUCGACGAGGCUCAGGGAAUGUGGUGAGAAGAUCCGAAAGGUGACGGGGCCUCGGAAGCACAGCUUUUCGAAUAGGUGGCCUCGGUGAGCCCUUCGAUGCGGGCCCAAAAAACUAUUUCUGGGCCUCAGCGUACCGAGAAAGUUGCUCGCUCGUAUUUUCGAUUGCAGCGCCAGCACGCACGCAAUAUCCGAGUUGAUCUUAUUCCGCGGGGCCCACAAGGCCCCCUCGUCGGGCCGAAUUGUCGUUGAUGAGAAGAAGGGGCACGGACCUCGUCCAAAUAAGUGUUAUGUGGCCGCGACGCAAGAGGAGCACGAAGAUCCGUCGCUCGCGCGACUCAUGCCCGCAGUUGGAAAAGAUGGAAGACGAGGAUUUCGGGUUUACGAAAAGAGAGGAGAGCGUUUUGCGAAAAGUGCUGAAAGACUGUGAAGCCAAAGAGGAAAUUGGAUUACUGGCCGAUGAGAAUGGCAAAAAACUGGGGGAUGAAAAUAAGCGUUCGGCAGGUGCUGAGGGCACGGGCCGCAAAAAGAACGUUGAUGACGGUGGGUCAGUUAUACCGGACGAGUCCGAGGGCGUGUCCAGUCACGAGGUAGAUGGGAGAAACAACAGCAGCGCCGACGACGAGAAGCGCACACCGGAAACCGGAACCGAGGAGGCCAACAAACGAUCGUCGUGCCAAACCGAGACCUCAGUCAAUCGUCAAACCCCGAACAUACCGAACGUCGUCGAAUAUCAUCUCAAAGUUCAAACUCAAUCAUCGGAACCACGCGAGGACAAGAGUCUAGAUAAACAAGCCGAAAAUAACGAGACCGAAAAGCAGUCGGAGAAUAAAAUGAGGACCGAGACGAGAACGCCGCUGUCAUCGAGAAGCGAGAAGAAAACGCUGUCCAGCAAAUUGUCAAAGCUAUCGAUCGACAACAACGUAUUCGAGGGUUCAACCGAAUUGCCCCAGGUCUUCCAAGUCAAGUAUUUGGGAUCGCACGACGCGCGUGGUCUCUGGGGAAUAAAGCACACGCGUAAGCCGGUCGACAACAUGGUAGCAUCAGCGAAAUCGUUGCCUCCGGACACGAUAUUGCCGCUGGUGAAGCUGGUAGUUUCGGAGGACGGAGUGUCGCUUCUUCCGCUCGGAAAGCGCAAGUUCGAGGCCGGAAUAUCGAAGACUUAUCCGAUCGAGUCGAUCUCCUACGGAGUCCAAGAUCUCGUAUACACCCGCGUUUUUUCGAUGAUAGUUGUGCGCGACAAUGGCAACUUUCGUCGCGUUUCGCCCUUCGAGUGCCACGCUUUUGUCUGCGAGUCGAAGCACCACGCGAGACAAUUGACUUACGGGCUCGCGGCUGCCUUUCAAAUUUAUUCGCAGAGCGUCAAAACUAUGGGGAAAGCUAAUAAUGAGACGAACGAAAUAGUGAAAAAAAGAUUCGCCAUCGAUCUCCGUAGCCCCGAAGAGAUAGAAACGGAUCUAAACCUCGAUUCGGAGGCUUAAGCACCGCGAAAGAAAAUCUAUCCGUCGUUUUAUCGCUUCUAAAUAUUGUCUAUUAUUCGUUAAAUUUUAUCACUGUUUUAUGCCCACAUGUUUAAUACGCUUUCGUGCAGUAUUAGAAUUUUAUUAGCGCACAAAUGCGGCGUUGCGAUCGUGAGAAAACCAUCGCGGAAGAUUCCUCUGUACAUAUAUCGUCGUUUUAUAAACUUAUUUACGAGCGUGAGUGUGAGUGCGACCGAGUCUGUAAAUAGGAGAGGCCAGUUAAAGAAAUGUACAUUUAUAGAUAUAUCGAGAAUGGUUAUCACGCGGUGAAACGCCUUGUUUUCGAAAAUUCUAUUUUUUUUCGAACACAAAUGUUUAUUUCACCGCUACCAAGAUGGCUAGUUAUCCAAAGAUACCGAAUAGAGUGUGUCGAAGAAAUACGUCGGCGGUAACUGCCGGACGCUUUUACUUCUGAGAUUGGGGCGCGAAUCGAAACGGGUUUUGGAUAUUGCACCGCGAUUCGUCCACUUUUCAAAUCGCUUUUUUUUCGUUUUCCGUGUGUAUCUGCGUGUGUUUCACUUGUGCGUGUGUGCGCGCACGCGUUUUUCUUUUCGUAGGCUAAUCAAGGUGUUUCGACGAACCAAUAUAUCGACACAUAUCAAUCGAUUGUACAGCUCAAAACCGAUCAGUUGUGAAAAUUUUUCAUCAAAGGCUUUAAUUUUAUUAUAUUUACAAUAAUUUAGUCGUUUGUAUAUUGAACGUGCUUCGUGGCACGAAUGACGAGCACGAAUUUCUCGAAUAUUCGAUCCGAGGCUUGGGACAUUUGUGUUUAAUAUCGCUUGCGUGCGCGUGCUCUGCUAAAACUCCUUCAUCGUAUUUCGUUUUAAUCUGCCCAAUUUUUUUUUCUUUGUAUAUCGUUAUAUUAUUAAUUAUUAUCGUACCAUGUGUUUAAAUCAUAUUCGCUCGACGUUUAUCUCUCCUCGAUACUCGCUGAUGUUAUACUUAUUGCUCGUUGGAGCAAUUUCAAUAAUGAAUAAUCCGUCUUGCGUCACUUUA